AUGCCGUCUGAUAUUGACGGCAUCAAUAAAGCCAUGAAUCAAGACGCGGGCGGGAAAAGAAAACCGCCAAAACGUAGUGAAGAUAUGCAGCGGGAAAAUGAUGAUUUUUAUAAACCAUUUUACAAAUUAAAUUAUAAGAGAGUUUUUCCAGAGUUAAUGGGAAUUGCUGAAUACACGGUUUUUAUUGAGAGUCGUAAAGUAGGAGUUAAAUUAGGAAAUGCGAAUCCCUUAAUAUUGGCGGGAAUUUUCAAAAACGAAAUCAAAGGAGUCACUAAUAUAGGAAGAAUGGAUAUUUCCGAACUUAAGCAACAAAACGCCAACAUACAAUCAACUAAUAUUGAAAUGGAAAAGGCGUUAACGUUCAUAUCCACUCAGUAUGAAGAUAUGAACACUAAAAUUACCAAUUUAGAACGUGAACGAAAAGAAAAUUAUAAUUAUAUAUUGAGUCUGGAAAAUAGAUUAGGAGACAUGCAAAAAAGGCUUAUGUCCACAGUCAUCGAGUUCCGUAAUUUACCUAUUCCAGCACAAAACAUAAAGCAAGAGACACAAAAAGACUUAUGUGAUCUGGUUCAAAAGAUUUACGAUGUUUUAAAUCAAUCAACGGCGUCUGAUCUUCUAGACAUCAACGAAAUUAAUACUCAAAAAUCUGUUGAAGAUAUUAACACAUAUUUUUCAAGAAAGAGGCUCGGUAAUACUACUGGCAUCCGUUACUUAUUCCAAAUCAUUUGUUUUGCUUGA